AUGAGUUCGACAAUCCCCUUUCCAUCUGGUGUAACAACAGCCACAACAACCACCCUAAGUUCCGUAGCGCCCCUGGCUAGCAAUUCGAGCAUGGGAAACGAUGUCGAAGAAGUUUCACCUCCAUGGAUAGGAUUAAUCGUCGGGCUUGGACUCGUUGCGAUUAUCGGAAUUGCUUUUCUCACGAUCUGCAUGAGAAAAAGGUUCCAGCUGAAGCCCGCUAGUUCAAAUCUACCCGUAACGACGGAGCUGCCCGAAGCCAUUGAGCUGCCCGAAGCCAUUGAGCUGCCCGGAGCCAUUGAGCUGCCCGAAGCCACUGAACCGCCCCGAGCUAUUGAGCUGCCCGGAGCCAAUGCGCUGCUCUCAGAGCUUUCUGUGGGGAUCAGCGCGGAAUUGCCCGAUGCCGACAAGCAACAUGAAACGAGAGAAGAAUGGCCUAGCUGUGAACUCAAGGCUACGAUGAGCGCUACACCACAGGAGAUCUCUAGAAAUGAAGACAUUCGUAUCAGCAACCGAUAUGGUGGCCAGAUUAUUGAUGAAAAGAGGGUCGCACAGUCGAAGUGA